AAUCGUGUGGAUCGCAUACUUCGUGUUCUUCUUCCUCUUCAGCGCAACAAUGCUCUUUUAUGGAUUCUGGGCGAACGGAUGGUUUGGUGGCCCGCAGGCAGAUCUUCCGGAGUCUGAGUACCAGCCGCCGCAGACCUUCGUGGAAAGAAUCCGAACAUGCUGUGGUAGCUGCCUCGCCUGCUGCCGAAGUUGCACCUCUGGCCACCUCUGCUUCUGGUCGAUGUUGUUGCUGGCGCAGGUGAUCGUCCUCCUAAUGUUCAUCAUCUCUCUCGUAAUUUGCCUGAUCACCGGCAUCCAGGCUUUCUUCGGGGCUGGAUGUUCGAAGAUCUACCUCAUCGGCGAUGCAGAGGUGUGCUCAGCCGUGCUUGGCAUCUUCAAGGUCUUCCUCAAGACCUUCGGUUUUGAGGAGCCUAUCGAAGAUACCUGCUUUCAGAAGAACCUUCUCACCUGCAAGAUUAUCCGCGACUCCGUCUUUCACACGGCCAUCUUCGUGAUCAUCGGAGCCUUGCUGGCAUCAGUUUUCUCAUUUCAGAUGCUGCUGGACUCUGCCAUCAAGCACGAGCGCGCGCGAUGUGCGAGAAUUUGGGAGGAGGAGGGCUUCGACAAGAAGAGCCCUCCUCGCAUCACCAAAGCACUGAUCUCGUCGGCGAGCCGGCCGACGACCCUGGACUCGAGGCAUCGUCCGAAGUCCCUGAUCGACAUUGAAGGGACCACGCUCAUCUCACACGUGCUGAGGCAGUUGUACAGGGGCGGGAUUCAGCACAUCAUUUUCGUCGUAUCGCACAAUGGCGACGCUAUCCGGGAGGAGCUGCAAGUUUGUGUCCAAAACUUGAGGCAACUUCGCCUUGAGGUGAUUGACCUCAGCCAGAACUACCAAGGCUUCUAUGCCGCUUCCUUGCUUGCUGCGGGUGAGCACUGCUUCGCCGACGUGGGGUCUCCCAAGAAAAGCAAAUGCCACGGAUAG